AUGGACGCCGUUAGGACAUUCAUCCCCAAGCUUAUUUUAGCAGCGGCCCUGGUGAUGUCUUCCAGAGCAUGGCGUCUCAAUGUGACGUCAUCAGAAAUCGACGUCGGUAGGACAGCGCAAGUUUCCCUGAACUGUUUCAACCCCUAUCAACAGCAGGACAUCACGGACCUUCUCAUGAUGAGAAUCGAGAAAAAACAGCUUACCGGGUGGUCCAGUGUGGCGGAACUACGUCACGGCGAUGUGGACGUCAGACUCACAGCUAAUGACGUCACCGCCACGGGCAACAUUGUCUCCGGGGCUAAUAGCUUCAUGCAGCUUACCUGGCCACUGGCAACCAACGGCACGAUCGGUCUUUACCGUUGUGACGUCACUUUUCUGAAUUCCCACGGCAGCGUCGGGUGGCAGAAAGGCCUACCGACUUCCAUCUCUCGUAAGAGUGACGUCACUGUUCAGAUCCUGAGCGAAAUGGUGGACGAGACCAAAAGACAGUGCACACAGCAAAAACAAGACAUCCAGGCAUACGUAGCAGCGGCCGUAGAGGAGAACAAGAGACACUGUCUGAAGGAGAAACAAGACGUUCUCCAGAACAUGACGGCCAUGCUCAAGGCGCUUGAAAUUCUGGUGACCGUGACGGCAGCCUUGGAGAUGAACCAGAGAGAGGUUCGACAGCACAGUCAGCGCCUCCUGGCAAACACCUCGGCCGCCAUGGGAGAGGUACAGGCCAGUUUGGAGCAGAGGCUGAGCGAUGUCGAGGACAAGCUAUGGCCCCAGUCGUGCGCUAGUGUCAAGGGUUUGGGUCCUCGACCGGUGGUCCUUCUCUCCAGCGGCCAGCGUGUCGUCUGUGACACAGUGACGGACCAAGGUGGAUGGAUCGUGAUACAGAGACGUGCUUCGGCCGACGUGGACUUUUCCCGUGGCUGGGAGGACUACAAGAACGGAUUUGGAGACCUCUACGGCAACUUCUGGCUCGGGCUAGAGAAAAUCCACCAGCUGACAAGUCAGGUGAGACACGAACUGAGGUUCGAUUUGAGAUUCCAGGGAAAAAACUACUUUGCCAGCUACGACAAGUUUUUGCUGUCUGGAGAAACAGACAACUAUAGGAUUCAGAUUUCGGGAUUUUCCGGUAAUGUAAGUAACGACAUGGCUAAUCACAACGGUCAGUCGUUCUCAACCAAGGACAGCGACAACGAUUCAUCGAGCACCAACUGUGCCAGUAGGUACCACGGAGCUUGGUGGUACAACAACUGCCAUACCGUGAACCUCAACGGACUGUGGGGCAGCACAAAGAACGCUAAAGGAUUGAGGUGGAGGAGUGUAACAACGGGCUCGGUUUCCUUCAGCGAAAUGAAGAUUCGACCUUUUGCUAAGUGACAGCUUCACGGGG